AUGGACUCUUUUGCUGCAGUUAUUCUUCCCAGAGAUGAUGCCGCCGAAAAGCUCAAAUUCGAGUCUUUCAGGCUUGGCAAGGGCCUCCCUUCGUCGAUGGCAUCUCGGAGACACUCAUCCCAUGCAAGGUCUCAUUCACGAAACACAUCUAUCUCGUCUGUCGCUUCUCUACCCGUUUCUACUUCAAGCGGUUCGCUGGCUUCUUCUGCCAGCUCGACUGAUAGCUCAUCGCUCACUUUGUCAACCUCAACGAGCAAUUCCAGCGUCAGUUCGUCGAAGCGCAACUCUCAUCACCGCCGUCGCUCGUCUGUAUCGACUCGCCACGAGUCUGCCGAGAUGAUGGGUGUCAGUAUUCCCGAUCUACCACCCUCCAAAUCCGACGACCACUUCACUCUGGGCGAGAAGGACUCCAUCCGUAGGCGCGCACUCUGGGCUCUCGAGGGCAAGCAGGACAUGGCCUUCUCAAAGGUUGAGAUUCCCGAGCUGUCGACCCCUGAUCUUGAGAAGAAAUCGUUUGAUUUUUCGGCGAAGUCUUCCGGAAACUCGGGCUUCAGUGGAAGCUUCAGCGCUCAAAGCCUCAGCUCGCUUCUUGGCAACAAGAGAGACUCGUUCAAGCUCCUUGCUGCGUCUUCUUCCUCCAAGGAUCAGUUGCACACGUUGGUCGAGGAGGAAGAGGAAGAUGAGGAGAAGCAACCUGAACCUUUCCAGGAACACACCCCGCCUCCCGAAUCUCCCGAUGUCCCAGCAUCCGUGCCUUCGGUCGCCGUCACGAAACCAUCACCUGCGCGACCACGCCCGUCCACGCUCAAUUUGCGACCGCUUUCCCUCACUCCUGAGUCGCUUGCGUCACUGUCAAACGGUUUGCCCACACCGUCGAUGACGCCAAGUCCUCGUUCUGGACUGAAGACUCUCGCGCUUACCACAUCUUUUUUGCCGUCUCCUACGGACGAGUCCCCCGCCCCAUUGCCAACUGCGAUGAAGCGCCAGUCUCUCAUCCUUACCCCCUCGCCGACACCGCCUCUGCCUCGCCGCUUCCCUGUCAAUGUUUGCGAUAGUCCUGCAUCAAGUCAUUCGUCUGGGCCAGAAGAGGAUACGAAACUUACGCGGCGCCGUAGUAUUGGUUACAGGUCCUCGUCGACAUCGUCGACGUCAUCAAUUGUCCCAGGCCUUCCGACACCCGAGUACACUCCUACAAGUGAUCGUCGUUACAGCAUUGCAUCUUCUGCCAGCGACGAGUCCAGCAUGUCUCGACCUCUGAGCGUCAGCGAGCAGCACUUUUUGUUCAAGCAGCAUAACGCUCUGCUCGCUCGUAUCACUGACCUAGAGCGAGCACUUUCAUCCAGGGAACGCAGCACCUCGCGACCGGUUUCUUUCGCUUCAGAUGGAUCAUGCGGUCAACGAGCCCACUCGCCAGGCAUGAGUGUUAACGAGCCUGACGAUGAAAUGCUGCGCCUCAUUGUUGAUUUGAAGGCGGAGAGAGAUGAGCUCAAAAGAGAUGUUGAAGGAUGGCGUCAUCGGGUAGGGGAUCUUGAAAAGCAAAUUGGCGUUUUUGCUAAGCGGGUGGAGAACGAACGACGUGAAGCUUGGGUCGCUAGGUCUCGCGUGGGGUUGUUGGAAGUGGAGAAGAACGGUCUAGAGAAGAGCCUUUCUGCGAAGACCAUAGAGGUCGAAGAGGCGCUUGAAGGUUGCGACAAACUCAGAGCCGAGAUUCAUUCAUUGCGAGAGGAACAUGCCUCCCUCCAGGAAGAGUUUGGGCUCUUGAAACGCGCUGCUGCGCGCUCCGUCGACUUGGAGAAGGAAUGCUCCGACCUCAAGGCUCAGCUUGAAGAGGAGAGAAGACACCGUGAAGAACUCGAGCGCGAGUUGGAGAAGGCUAACCUGCUUGCUACGCCCACUCCUCGCAGCUUCGAAACCUGUGUCAAACCCGGUCUCUCAAGGAGACGUGGCCUAGGAUUCGCUUCGAUAGAUUCGGAGAGUUCCAUGACUGAUGUCGAGAGUGAUGAGCGCCCAUAUAGCUUCCCACUCAAGGCUGUUCAGGAGGCCGACGAGGAAGACUGCUUUUCUGAAGAGGAUAAUGGUUUGGCCGGCUACGAAGAUGAGGAAGAUUCGGACAUCAGCUUCCAGAGUCCAGGAGGUUCAUCUCUUGGCUCAGAGGAUGAGUUCCCCACCAGGUCCCUAAAUCAUCUGCGCCCUAACGUGCCCACUUCUCCAUUCUCGGCCAACUCUACUCCUGGAUCAAAUUCGAACUCUGGAUCAUGCACGCCUACUUUCUCGCGUUCGAACUCGCCCACCACGAUUGCCGCGCCUCAACCCAUACAUGGUCGUCGCGCGUCCUUGUCGAAGACCUGGACCUUCCCGGCCACUCCCCGCGAUUCCCCUGAUCGUGCUAUGGUAGAGGAUGUCGACCGCUUCUUUGGUUGUCUUGAGGAACGUGUCCAAAGCCCUGUUGCAGAUACCGACUACUCUUACGAACGUAGCAAGAGCCUUUUCUCUCAAGGGCUGCAGAAUGACGACGAUGACAUGCCACCGUUUUUGUUGCCAUCUGAUAUCGGAUUUGUCGUCGGUAGUUUGCUUCCUCCUUCACAACUUGGCGUUCUGCUUGAGGAGGAGGAGGGAGAGGAAGACUACGAGCAAGAUAAUUCUGUCGACGAAGAGAUCUUCGGGGAAAUUGGCGGUAUCACGAUUACUUUCACGCCUGCUGAAGAUGAUGUGGAGGAGUCGAAUGAUUCAUUCUCUGAAGGCGAAUCCUUGAUCCAUACCCAGCCACCCAAGUUCUUCCAGGAGGAAGAGGAAUCCGAUACGUCCAUGUCAUCGGAAAGCGGACCAACAACGCCUGAACAUGUACAGACUCCCAGAAAAUCUAUGGCCCCAUCCGGUAUCCCUCGUCCUAAGUCACCAUCCUCUGUACAGAUCGUAUCCUCUCCUUCCAUUCCUUCCCCUUCCCAGAACACCAAGGCCGCCUUCAGCGCGAAUGAGUUUAUGUCCAUGUCGUCCCCUUCUCGAAUCACGCCACCCAAAUAUACAUUUGCUGGAUCAGUGAGAACGAAUGCUUUUGUCACGCCGCCCACCAAACGCGGCGGUGUUAUGCCUUCCCAGUCGGUGGCUUCUCCCUCACCCGUGCGUAGCAAUCUACCGGUCAAGGCUAAGCCCGCUGCACCUAUCGCUACUUUCACUCGUCAACCCGUCCGCCGGCCGUUGUCGGUAGCAAAUCAGGCAGAUACUCCGGCUACCAUCUCGCCGCUAAAUGGUGGGAUUGAAAAUGGUUCGACUUCCAAGCCUCAAAUCCCCACAUUGAAAUGUAGGCCAAUGAAUGUUCGCCCUCAUUGCAGCUUCUCCAGUUCAGUACCAACGUUUACCAAGGCAGUCCAUACCACGCCUUCAGAGGUGCUGAAGGGUCUCGAUUCUCGCUCGUCUUCCAAUACUUCUCCCCACUCUCAAUCCCAAGCUAACCCCUCGACGUCCUCUUCAAAUGCUUCACGAUUAUCUUUCUUCAUGUUCACGAGUCUAAACCCCUUUUCAUGGUCCAAAGGUCCUUCACUUGCAACUACCCCUAGCAUCGAUCCUUGUGCCACUCCCAGGUCGAACGAAUCAACCGAUCGGAGCAACAAACCAAUUUCCAGGGGAUAUGUUUCUAGAGAGCUACAACUUGAGAAACUUCGACAACGACUAGGGUCCGAAAGUGGUGACCCCAACACUUGUAAAACCUGCAGCGGAGAGAUUGUCUUCCUAUAA